AUGCUUGUCGACCCGCCGCAGGUCGACCGUCUUAUGGCGCACGCAGCUGGCUCUAUCACCGCCGCACCAGUUCAAUACACACUCAUGACUCGCGUAUUCGGCACCCCGGACUCGCCAGAACUCGAAAGGAAGUUCUUCACUUCCUGGAAAGGAUUGACUGCUCCGGUGGAGAAACUGUUUCUGAACGAUGCUGCCGCCACAGCUGCUUUGGAGCGUGCCCGCAUACUCGAAAAGGCCAACUCUUUCGUGACGUUCACAUCUGACCGCAGCCUUAUGAAGCACUGGGAGCGCUCCGCAGACAUCCGAGUAACGUCAAGCGGUGGUGUCCAGAAGGUGGAAGCCAGUCUUCAAAACCUGAGUCGAGACUUUGGAGCCUGUGUCGCGAUCCCCCAGCUCUACGGCCGAGACUUCAUGGCUAGGUAUCCUCAGGUCCUUGACGACCUUUGGAAGUUUGACAACGACCUCUUUCCCCUGAUGAUGAUAGGGAUCCCAGCGUGGGCUCCCUUGAAAAUCGUUCGCGAAGGACGUGCAGCACGAAGCCGCAUUAUGAUCGCAAUCGAGGGCCUAUACCGCCGCAUCGACCAGCACCAACACGGGAAACCUAUCGAUUUCAACGCAGAUAUGUCUGAUGUCAGUGACGUCGCUCUCACGCGAAGCACCGUUUACGAGAAGCACAACUGGACAUUUCCCGAACGCGGAGCCUGCGAUCUCGCGCUUCUCUGGGGCCAGAACGCAAACACGCAACCAGUAGUCUUCUGGCUACUAGCAUACAUGUACUCGACUCCUGGUCUCCUCCCGCAAAUCCGCGAGGAGAUCGUUCCGUAUCUCAGCACUUCCACCUCCGGAGAGCUGACCGCCCUCGACAUCCCAGGCCUCUCGAAAAACUGCCAGCUCCUCAAAGCCUGCGUAUUCGAAACCUACCGCCUCGCCAUCGAAGUCACCUCCAUCCGGCACGUCUCCCGCCCCAUCACGCUUACCGAUGGCGAGCGAAAACACGAACUCAAACCCGGGAGUUUCUUCUCUGCACCGCUCUCCCUAGUUAACCACGACGCAUCCGUCUACCGCGAUCCCGACAUCUUCGACCCCACGCGCUUCCUGGAGCAGAACGACGCGUCUGGAAAACCGGUUGCUCGGUACGGCAAGCUGAAGCCGUGGGGCUCGGGCGCAGCGAUGUGCAAGGGGAGGACGUUUGCGGAGAAGGAGAUAAUGGUGCUGGGGGCGGCGAUUGCGGCGGCGUGGGAUAUUGAGCCUGCGGGUGGGAAGUGGGAGUUACCGGCUAUGGUUCCGGGGACGGGGGCGAAGAAGCCUGUGCGGGAUGUGAGGGUGGUGAUUACGAGGAGGAAAUGGGAGUGA